UGACAAGUGGUGGCAGCCCAGUGACCAGGAGCCAAGGGUCCGUGCAAGAUGAAGGUGUUAAUGUCUCUUCUGUUGGUUGCCAUUGCUGGCGUCGUGUUCGUGCAAACCUUGCAAUGUUACACUUGCCAAGAACCGACUCCUGUUGACAAGUGUGUGACGGUCCAGAACUGCACGAAGAAUGAAACCAUGUGCAAGACUACUAUGUAUUCCCUGGAGGACGUUUAUCCCUUCGUGGGAGUCUCGACCGCCACCAAGAUGUGCUCUUCCGUCUGCGUCCCGUCCGACGUGGAUGGGAUUGGCAUGACACGCCCCGUCUCCUGCUGUUACUCUGACCUGUGCAACGUUGACGGCGCAGGGAGCGUGAGGGUCAGCUUUGUGCCAGUUGCGAUGGUAGCAGGUUCCCUUUGUUCCCUCUUCUGGACUAGACUGUGAGGAGCUGAUGGGGAGGUCUUUCGCCACGGUAAGAACCCCAUGAAGAAGCGAAUAAACCCCUGCCAGCCCAGCUUUCUGAUUGGAUGCCCCACGGACAGCCCGCAACAGCUCCUGGAAACUGCUUU